AGAUAAAAUGUCACAAGUCGUAACCUUUAGUUGUUGAUUGCUAAACAUUAUGACGUAUCGCUAAGGAAAAUUGUUGAUUGUAUAUUUUAUUAGUACAGUUCAAUCUUUACUCGUGUUUGCAUUACUGUCAUGAUGCAGGUUCUCAUCCUAUCUGUUGUACUUGCUGUGGCAAGAGCCAGAGUAAUAGAAGACUGUUCUGGUGUGGUCGUCCACAACACCAAACAUGAAGCUCAGGUUCUGAAGACCGGAAUCGACAGUCCCUAUCAACUUGCCCUCGACUAUGAUACCAAUUACCUAUUCUUUAGCUACAGUUCUCCUGAAGACAUGGACGACGGUUUUAAAUCUGCAUACAUUAAUCUAAAAACUAACGAAUUCGGUGUGAUUCACGGCAUUAGUGGGGGAUUCGCUAAUGCAGUCGAUAGAAAGAACCAUAUCGUCUACCUCGGAGGCAACGAUGGAAUCUACAAAUUCGAUUUUGGGACCAAGAACGCGACGUUUGAAGGAGCCAGGGACGUGAGCAUAUGGCAGUUGUUCUUCAAGGAUAAACUGUAUUUCACCAACUAUCCAGAUGAGCAUGUGUUUACUUAUGAACAAGGAGAACCAAAGUUGCUUCCCGCGUUGAAGAACACUAAAACCAUGCUAUUCGCUCUGGACAGUAAUGACAACAUCGUUGUUUCUAAUUCUUCGGGGAUAUUCUAUUACGUGAAGGAUUUGUCCAAAUCUUAUCAUUUGGGUGACUAUGUUGCGAACGGUAUUACAACUGAUAUCAAUAAGAAAGUGUAUUUCUCGACUCCAGACAGUUUGUUCUUUAUCGACGAGAGUGGGCCGAGUGUUGUGAAACUAGCUGACAUUGAUGAUAGUAUCUACGGGUUAGUAGUUGAUACUGAUAAUAGUUUUAUAUACGCUGAUGGUAACAGUAUAAUACGUUUAAAACCAACAAAGACUAGGUGUUAUUCAGAUAAUGAAAUUAAGGAUUAAUAUAUUUCGAAAUACUUUGAUGUAGGAACAGAGGUUUGGUUUGAUUUACGUGUUUAUACUUUAUCUAAAAUGAUAUUUAAAUGCAUUCGAUAUGGUUAUUAUUAAAGUCAUUAUCUAAU